UCUCUAGACACUUGCCUUUGCUUAAACCAGGAUAUACACAAACUACUUCACAAGAUGUUGAGAAUCGGCGAUAUUGUCCAGCGAACGAUUGUUGCCAGCUGCAUUGGCGUCAGUGCAUGGGCAUGUGUCGCUGCCUGGCAGGGUCAUCAGGCGAGGAUGCACAGAGCGCACGACGUAAGUAUCUCUUGCGGAACGAGACGAACGGUGCACCGUCUAAUGCCUGCGAUCUCAGCUCUGGCUCAAAUCUCAAGGCUUGCAGCCGGGGACACUGCCUCCUCCUCCUUCCGAGCUCAAGGAUACUCCUAUUCAGAACGGCAACCCUACAUAGGCGGAAGAUCGAGUUCAAUAAAAGGCAAUUUACCGUUCCAUGGCGUGACGACUCUCCAAGGCCGCUGCGGAAUGAACCAGAUCGUAUUGUAACCUGGAAACCUGAAAGAAGAACGCCGCUGUACCACACAAUAUCAUCGCAUUAUAAGGA